GAGAACUUCUGGACUUCCCCUCUGCUGUUUACCCAGUGAGGUGGGGGACUUUCCCUUAGGAGAAAUCAUUUAUCACCGGCCUUGCUAUGGGCCCUGGAACCUGUACAAACCCAUAUACAAGAAGUAGGGUCGGGACCGUAAGCAGUGCCCUUGAACUCCUCGGUCCUACGUAUGUGGGUGCAGUUACACAGUAUAUGUAGGACUGAAGGGAGGGGCGCCCUUGGGUGUGAGGUGAGUGCUUCCGUCGCCCCAAUGGGAACUCCCCUCCGCCCCCGUAACAGCCCACUGGGAAGAGGGAGCCGCACCGCGAAUUGGGAGGGAGAAGGGGGGAGCGGUGAAGUCCCCGCCUGGGAUCAGGAGAGUGGAAACCUCAAGGAGGGAGGAAACACCGACGGCAUCCAGCGGCAGACGGGCCCGCCCCUCUGGCUCUCGCCCCAGGAGCGAUCGCGUGGAGCGGCCCCGGCAGCAGCGCUGUGCCCGGGGAUCGUCCAGCCCCAGCGGCGAGAAGAACCAUGAGCAAGCUUUGGAGGUGAGGAGAUCGGAGGCUGGAAUCUCUACAGCUCUCUGGACUCUGCUACCUCCAGCUCAGACACGGUUAUAGCGAGAGAGAGAGCCCGGCACAUGCAGCAGUUUCCAUAGCUCGUGUGCCUUGCAGAGAGAGGACGGACACGGAGAUCGUUCUGCGGGGAAACUCCAAAUGGAAGAGCGUCUUAAUGGCAAUGAAAAUGCAGAGGGAGGAGGAGAGAAUUCUAUUCAGCAGCACCAGCAGCUGAUGGAGCCUCUUAAUUGUCAUGGACACCUGGACGGAGGAGACAAACCAGGAUAUUCAUGUAACCGCAAGUUCAAGAAACGUGCUCUCGUAGCUGGAGUCCUCUUAGUUUUCUUAGUUUUGAUCGUUAUCAUCAUUGUUCUGGCUGUGGUAGCAUCUAACCCACCGUCCGCUGGUCCUGAUCCUCCGGCUGCUGCUCGCUGCUGCCUGGACGGCUGGGUCGGGUUCAGAGGGAAAUGCUAUUAUUUCUCUGAGGCCGAAGGGAACUGGAACAACAGCCAGAGGAACUGCUCCUCCUCCAGUGCCUCCUUGGCUGCGAUUGACACCCAGCAGGAAAUGGCUUUCAUUAAGCGCCAUAAAGACCUCUCUGAGCACUGGAUCGGCCUCCGGAGGGAACCGGGUCAGCCCUGGAAAUGGACCAAUGGCACCGAAUUCAAUCACUGGUUCGCAGUCAGAGCGCACGGCGAGUGUGCGUAUCUGAAUGAUGAAGCCGUCACCUCUUCCUGGUGCGACACGGUGCGAUACUGGAUCUGCAGCAAGCCUGCGGGACUUAUGCCGAGAGAGCAGAACGGAGCGCAAGGGCAAUUGGAGACGUCAGAGCUCAGCUGAAGUGCUACUGUAUGCACAAGGAUGCCCGCACACCCGCCCCGACUUUUCUACUCAACCUAAUUGAACCUAGGUUGUAUCAAUUUAGAUCAGCUCUGGGGCUGAAGCAUCCAUGGGGGAAAAAAACAGGGGACGCUCAGCACCCGCCACCCACACUGGCUGGCCGGCUCCCUGGCUGGCUGCGGAUCAGCUGUUCUGGAACCCAUGGGGCUGGCUGUGGAUCAGCGAGCGGGAGGCACUCAGGGGAGGGGCGGAGAGGAGCGAGUGGCAGGUGGGACCUCAGGGCAGGGGGUGGGAAGAGGUGGAGCAAGGGUGGAGCAGGGGCGAAGCCCCCACUGGAAAAAAAACAAAAGUCGGUGCCUGUGAUCCAGCUGCUGGCACCCUGCACUUAAAAUCCAUCAAUGUGACGAAAGAGAAGUCGCUGCUGUUUGUCCUUCAGAGGGUACAAUCAUUAUAUUUGACAGUGCCAUACCUGCCCCCCACUAUGAGUAGGGCCCUACCAAAUUCACGGUCCAUUUUGGUCAAUUUCACAGCAUAGGAUUUUAAAAAUUGUAAAUGUCAUGAUUUCAGCUAUUUAAAGGAGCUGUGGGGGGGGGAGGGGUUGCAAGGUUAUUGU